AUGACAGCAGAGUUCCCACCUUUAGAGGCCUCUAAGAUCGUAAGCCGCAUUUCGCAAAUCCUGAUACAAAGGAACGAGACGAUAGCAGUUAGCGAAGCUGCGUGCGGUGGGCUUCUGUCCAGCUACUUAGUUUCUGUACCUGGUGCCUCUCAGUGGUUCCACGGUGGGACUCUUGUAUACAGCCUCAAGAGCCGUCUCAAAUUGAGUGGCUGGAAUGAGCUGGAUAUUCACAAUUACACAGGGCCCAGCGUAGACGUGGCGCUGCGGCUGGCAAGAAAUCUCAAGUUUGAGCUUGGCGCUACGUACACUUUAUCGGAAACAGGAUACGCGUCGCGCUCCGCGAACUUGAAACUGCCCGGAAAAGAGCAAACGGUGGGGGUUGUGUGCUACGGUGUUUCGGGGCCCAAGGAAGACGUUUCUGCAACGCAUGAUACUGGCAGCGAGGAUAGGUGUUACAAUAUGCAGCAGUUUGCAAUUCACGGGUUAAAGUUUUUGCUACAGCAGCUCGAGAAGCAGGGCGAGGACGAACCCCAAACUAAGAGGGCGAGAGUAGAAGAGAACUCUGAGAGCAGCUCUCGCGGCGAUUCAGGAACGAAAAAAAGCCCUAAGCCUUGA